AGCUGUGAAUUCUUGUAGAAGAUUGAUAGCUCUGCCAACACUACUGUCCACAGUAGAAGAUGGGUGGAUUAAUUUCAAGAUGGAGGCAGGCAAAGCCUUCCACUGUAGAAGUAUUAGAAAAAAUUGAUAAGGAAAUACAGACAUUAGAAGAAUUUAGAGAAAAAAAUCAGAGGCUACAGAAACUAUGGGUUGGAAGGCUGCUUCUCUACUCUUCACUCCUUUACCUUUUCACCUGCUUAAUUGUAUAUUUGUGGUGUCUUCCUGAUGACUGGACAGCAAGGUUGAUUAUGACACUUCCAUUUUUUGCAUUUCCAUUGAUAAUCUGGUGUAUAAGAACACUGCUCAUUUUUUUCUUUUCCAAAAGGACAGAGAGGAAUAAUGAUGCGCUGGAAGAUUUAAAAUCUCAAAAGAAAAAAAUACUUGAGGAAGUAAUGGAGAAGGAAACAUACAAAACUGCUAAACUAAUCCUUGACAGGUUUGAUCCAGAGUCAAGUGCAAAGGAGGCUGAACUGCCAUCUGCUGGAACAUCUGCAACCCCAAGACCUGGACAAGAAAUUCGUCAGAGGACCACAGCUCAAAGAAAUGCUUCUACACCCCCGCCUGUGACUCCUAAACAAGCCUCUCCAAAAUCACUGGUUCCAGCAUCUCCUAAUGUGCAGAGAGAUAUAUCGGCUCUGAGUGGACCACCAGAAAGAACUGUUGUGCCAUCCUUGCAGUCACCAAGACGCCCUGGAUCCCCUGCUACUUCAGUGCCUGGAAUGGGUCUUCAUCCUCCAGGCCCUCCUUUAGCAAGACCUAUUCUUCCUCGAGAAAGGGGAGUUGUGGAUAGAGUUAUUGAAUAUUUGGUUGGCGAUGGUCCUCAAAACAGGUACGCCCUUAUAUGUCAGCAAUGUUUUUCUCACAAUGGUAUGGCUUUGAAGGAGGAGUUUGAAUACAUAGCAUUUAGGUGUGCCUAUUGCUUUUUCCUGAAUCCUGCAAGAAAAACUAGACCUCAGGCUCCACGACUUCCAGACUUCAGUUUUGAAAAAAGGCAAUCUACAGAAUUGCGAUCCGAAGCUGAGCCUCUAGAACCUAGAGAGAGAAAGCCCCAGGAGACUCAACAGGCAGAAGAAUCUGAAGAUGAUGUGGCUCGGAUCAGUGAUACAAAUGAGGCAGAUGAUAAAGCACCAAGUCUUGAGCAGCUAAAUGAUAAGCUGGCUGAAGAAGUUGAAAAAGAAGAAGCAGAAAACAUUUCAACGACUGAAGACUCGAUUUCAGAGUCUAUUUCGGCUGAACCAAGUGAAGAAUCUUUCAUGAAAGCAGAAUAAAGUACUUCCAAGUGCCUUCUGUAGCUAGUUUUUAGCUUUUUCAUGCCUGUUGUUACUAUUCAGGUGAGCUUUUUUUUAAUGGUACAACUUAAAAAUCUCGCUUGAGCUUAAACUGCCUCAACCGCCACAAUAUGUCAAAGCUAUGUGUAAAAAUGGGUAUUGUAAAUUAAGCAUGUGUCUUUUAAAUAAGUUAACGCACAGAAUGUAUAGUUGGUUGAAGUCUAACAGUUGUAGUCACUGUUCAGUUUGCAUAUUUAAAAACUUAAGUAUAAGCUUUGUUAUGGGUGACCUAUAAUUUGACAUCUCUCUAGCUGUC